AGUAUAUAAAAAGUACUCUGUGAUAAUAAUUGCCUGCUGCCUUACUGCGUUUUAUUGUUUUUGAAAACUCCUGUUUAUUGAUGUAAAAGUGAAUCCAAUUAUAUUAAAGCUAUAGGAAACAAGAAUGGCCUUUAGUGAAAUUUGUAGAAUUUGUUUAUGCGUUAAUGUUCGCAUGUUUGUUCUAAAGAAGACUAGUCUCCGAAAUUUGUACAAAACAUUGACGAACAGUUUUAUGGAUGAGGAUGAGGAGCCCAUAAUUGUCUGUUUCACCUGUCAUGCCAGACUCAUUCGUUGCAGAACAUUACAACAACAGGCUGUUGAGUCAAAAGCAGUUCUGGAGCAGUUGCUUGCAGGAGGGUCCAUGGUAUUAUCAGUUCCACCCAUUAAAACCUAUAAAAGUGCCUCAUAGAUUGCUUCAUAUAGGAGGCGUUUUGCCAAAUUUGCCACACUUGGCAGGUUGGCAACCGCAGUUUUUAUUAGUCCGAGUGUUAUCAGGAAGAUGCUGCCGCCCAACUCCUGUUUCUGUUUCCCUCUGCCGCCUCUUACGACGCCCGUACAGUGUAUAGCGGGUAGAAGGAAAAGGGGAGUUCUAUCGCCGGGCAAGGUGCUCUGCCCGAGGAGCGGCCAACGCUCCAAUUGAUAGUUUGGAGCUAUUCUAUAUAUGCUGCUUUAACUUCGGAACUUUGUUAGUGCGAUUUAGGCUUCGAUGUGUUUUCGCUUGUGGCGCGACGACAGCGCCGCCACAUCACCCCCCUGCUCAGACCGGAGGUCGAUAGUGCAGUCUAGAUGUCGACGAAUUUGCAAGUGCCAGGGAAUUGCCUUGGAAGUCUGCGGUGAGUCGAGAAGAAGGCAAGUAAUCUGCGAGAGUGCCGUGAAGCAGAGGCGAGCAGUAAGGCUCAGAACCGUGCCAAACACUGUAGCGCACAGAGUAGCUUGAAGGAACAGGAAGCAUUAUUAUUCCAGUGCUGCGAUGAACCUUUGUAAAGCUAGAUGGCUUGCAGGAUGUGAAGACUGCAGACAGUAUCUGCCCGGGAGCGAAUGAAUGUGGUACUUGAGAAUGAUGAAGAAUUGAAGUUGUAGUUUCCGAAGGUUAUUGGUUGCGUGUUCAUACCACGUCGGGGUCACCAGUGUAGUCGGUGGAAGGAAAAGGAGAGAUCUUCCGCCGGUCAAGGUGUUCUGCCCGGGGAGCGGCCAACGCUCCGUUUGAUAGUUCGGAGCUAUUCUAUAUAUGCUGCUUUAACUUCGGAACUUUGUUAGUGCGAUUUAGGCUUCGAUGUGUUUUCGCUUGUUAUCUUCACCCACAAUCCCUGACGGGGUAGCCGAUAACAGAUCGCCAAGUGUCACGAUCCUUACAUAAGUAAAUAAUUAAAUAAUGCUAUAUCUAAAUUAGUAAAUUGGUUCAAUGUUAAUAAUUUGCAUUUAAAUGGCACUAAAACGAAAUGUAUGAAAUUUAUGACUUCAAAUGUCAAACAAUUAAAUACUAAUGUAAUUUUAAAUGGCGAGAAACUGAGUCUUGUAGAUACCACCAUUUUUCUUGGAAUCACACUAGACGCGAAGCUUCAAUGGAGCCCCCAUAUAUCAAAACUAGCAAGCAGAUUUAGUUCUGCAGCAUAUGCUGUAAAAAAGAUUAGAAGUCUAACUAGUGUUGAAACAGCUAGACUAGUUUACUUUAGCUAUUUCCAUAGCAUAAUGUCGUAUGGUAUUUUGCUAUGGGGAUACGCAGCUGACACUGAAAUUAUAUUUGUUUUACAGAAGAGGGCCAUAAGAGUAAUUUAUGAUUUAAAGCCUAAAGAGUCGCUGCGACAAAAAUUUAAGAAAAUUAAUAUAUUAACUUUGGCCUCUCAAUACAUUUAUGAAAAUGUAAUGUACGUACACAAAAAUAAAAGUAGUUUUACAAAAAUAAGUGAUAUUCCUUCUGUAAAUACUAGGAACAGACACAAGCUAGUAGUACCAGUUACUCGACUCCAUCGAGUCAGUAAUUCAUUCUUGGGGCGAUGUAUACACUUUUACAACAAAAUUCCAGAAAAUAUACAAAAUUUGACCUGCUCAAAGUUCAAAAACUUUAUUAAACUAAGUUUGUAUAAAAAGGGUUAUUAUAGUAUUAAAGAAUUUAUAGAUGAUAAUAACCCCUGGAAAUGAGGUGAUCGCUACCAAGCUAUUUCUAAUUUGUUGUGUUGUUAAUUUGUGUAACAUACAUGAUUAUAAGCUGUUAUAUA